AUGUGGGACUCUUUGCUUUGCCUAGAUGCUUCUAGUUGCUUGGUCAAAUAUGGUAUAAACAUUACAGGGAGGAACUUUGAGCUUAUACCGUUUGGUGGUGGACGGAGAAUUUGUCCUGGGUUACCAUUGGCAAUGAGAAUGCUGAACUUGAUGUUGGGGUCACUUCUUAACUGCUUUGAUAACUGGAAGCUUGAAGAUGGGGUUGCACCAGAGACCAUGAACAUGGAAGACAAGUUUGGCCUCACUUUAGAGAAGGCUCAGCCUCUAAUAGCUGUGCCCAUGACAUAG